CAACUGGACCGUGGACGCCGCCGGUGGACCGACACUGCUUCACUGAACUGUAACACCGGUACCACCAAAGACUGGCACAAUGGUGCAGAAAUACCAGUCACCUGUCCGGGUGUACAAGAAGCCCUUUGAGUUGGUGAUGGCGGCCUAUGAGAGACGCUUCCCCACCUGCCCACUCAUCCCUAUGUUUGUGGACAGUGACGUGCUCAGCGAGCACCAGAGUGAAGACGGCGCAACACACUGCAUUGAGCGCCGCUGUAAGCUGGACGUGGAUGCACCUCGGCUGCUGAAGCGGAUUGCUGGGGUUGACUUUGUGUACUUCAUCCAGAAGAACUGCCUCAAUCGCCGUGAGCGGACACUGCACAUUGAGUCGCACAACGAAACCUUCUCCAACCGUGUGAUCAUCCAUGAACUCUGUUGCUACUCAGUUCACCCAGAGAAUGAAGAAUGGACAUGUUUUGAGCAAUCUGCCAGUCUGGACAUCAAGUCCUUUUUUGGGUUUGAAAGCACUGUGGAAAAAAUUGCUAUGAAACAAUAUGCCAGCAGUAUCAAAAAGGGUAAAGAGAUCAUUGAAUAUUACUUGAGGGAACUGGAGGAGGAGGGGGUGACCCACAUUCCACGCUGGACACCAUCCCUAGCCUCACCUUCUGUAAUUAGCCUUCCCACCAGACCCGAGCUGCCCGUCACACCUGCUAUUGCCAUCCCCACUGCCAAUGCCAAGGACAGCCUCUCCAGCAAGGACACCACCAGCCCACCAGGCAGCUCCUCUGAGCCCCUGACCGGAACACCCGAUGAUAAACUUGAUGCUGACUACAUCAAGCGCUACCUGGGAGAUCUGACACCUUUACAGGAGAGUUGCCUGAUUCGCCUUCGUCAGUGGCUACAAGAGACGCACAAGGGCAAGAUCCCCAAGGACGAGCACAUCUUGCGCUUUCUGCGGGCACGUGACUUUAACAUGGACAAGGCACGUGAGAUCCUGUGCCAAUCGCUCACAUGGCGAAAGCAACACCAGGUGGACUACCUACUGGAGACUUGGAACUCCCCACAAGUGCUGCAGGACUAUUAUACUGGAGGCUGGCACCACCACGACAAAGAUGGACGUCCUCUCUACAUCCUGCGCUUGGGUCAAAUGGAUACCAAAGGGUUGGUGCGUGCACUUGGGGAGGAAUCUCUGUUGAGACACGUGCUCUCAAUUAACGAGGAGGGCCUGAGGCGUUGCGAGGAAAAUACCAAAGUCUUUGGCCGACCAAUAAGCUGCUGGACAUGUCUGGUGGAUCUGGAGGGUCUCAACAUGAGGCACCUAUGGAGACCUGGGGUGAAAGCCCUGCUUCGCAUCAUUGAGGUGGUGGAAGCCAACUACCCUGAAACACUGGGCCGCCUGCUUAUACUCAGGGCCCCACGGGUGUUUCCUGUGCUCUGGACUCUGGUCAGUCCCUUCAUCGACGAGAAUACACGAAAAAAGUUCCUCAUCUAUGCUGGGAAUGAUUACCAGGGGCCAGGAGGCCUGGUGGAUUACAUUGACAAAGAAAUUAUCCCAGACUUCCUAGGUGGAGAGUGCAUGUGUGAGAUUCCUGAAGGUGGUCUUGUCCCUAAGUCUAUGUACCGUACUCCUGAGGAGUUGGAGAAUGAAGACAUCCGCCUCUGGACAGAGACCAUCUAUCAGAGUGCUAGUGUCUUUAAGGGAGCUCCGCAUGAGUUGCUGAUUGAGAUCAUAGAUGCCUCAUCAGUCAUCACCUGGGACUUCGAUGUGUGCAAGGGUGACAUCGUCUUCAAUAUCUUCCACUCCAAGAGGGCUCCGCAACCUCCCAAGAAGGACACCCUUGGGGCCCAUGGCAUCACAUCCCCUGGGGGCAACAAUGUACAGCUCAUUGAUAAGUCCUGGUUGCUGGGACAGGACUAUAGCAUGGUUGAGUCUCCCCUCACUUGCAAGGAAGGAGAAAGUGUGCAGGGCUCCCAUAUCACCAGGUGGCCCGGCUUCUACAUCUUGCAGUGGAAGUUCCACAACAUGCCAGCCUGCGCCGCCACCAACCUGCCCCGUGUGGAUGAUGUAUUAGCUACGUUACAGGUCUCCUCCCACAAAUGUAAAGUCAUGUACUACACUGAGGUGUUGGCCUCUGAGGAUUUCAGAAAUGCUUGCUGUGAUGUGCAGAGUUUGGGCUCAAUGACCAGCCUGGAAUCUAGCCAUAGUGGCUUCUCGCAGCUCAGUGCUGCCACCACUUCCUCCAGCCAGUCACAGUCGAGUUCCAUGAUCUCAAGGUAGUGUUGCCAAAGAGCUGCUAUGGGGACAGAGGAGACUCACGGAUGGAUGCCUGCAGGAAUACAACAUUGCACCUCUACCCCUGGCACUGUUACCUCCAUCACACUCCUCCUUCCCUCAGAUGAUACUCUUGCCCUGACACUGUAAUUAUCAAGGGGAAGUGAAGCAUGCUUGCACAAGAGAAGACAAAAUGUUUGCAGGAAGAGAGUUCUAAAGGGCUUGAUUUACAGUGGGUGAUUUGUGUUCCUUAGCAGUCAGCUGAGGAAUUGGUCAGCACAUUAGCAAAACACUCUUGAAUUACUGUGAGUUCAAAAGACUUAUAUUGCCAGACAAAAAAUACUUUCACCUUUGGAGAGCUAAAGGAAGAGACUGGAUGUGCUCUUAGCCCCACUACACAGCAGUGUACAAAUAUGUUUGUAUGCCCUCCCACAUACAGACUUUGACCAAUUUUCAAUCAAAUUCAAGCCUGAUUCCUUUUUUCAGCUAAAUGGUUCUAUAGGUCAAGCUCAUGAAAACUGGCUAGUUGUCUUCCUGAAGCAAUAAUUCUAGCUGCAUUUGUACUAUUUUUAUUUAUCGUGAACCAUGGAGGUCUGUCCUCUGGGGUGCUACACAGAGGCAAACUGCCCGUAUUCAAAUAGCAACAUAUAAGGUUUUGCCAGCAUUGAUUCUCACCUCAGAACUGAGAAUCACCUUUUGCUUUGAAACGGCAAAUGCUUACCUCUACAUUUAGAUGGUCUUGGGGGUGAGACGAAAAUUGUUGUCUAACUGCCUUUACCUUCAUUUCAAAUGUGUAACUGGUCACAGUGAAACUGGAAAAGUCACUUAAAUGAAAGGUCAGAAUUCCUUUGUGUGAACUGUUGAGAAGGGGGUGGUGUGAAUCUCUAUGGUGAAACUUGUAAUGGCAAAAAUACUUGAAAUGUAGUGAUGUUUCAAAAAACAGUAUCGUUGUUGGAUUUUGUUACAUUUGUGGUUUUACUGAUAUCCAGAAAAGGCAGUGCCUCAAUACUGUACUGUCUUUUGGCAGAGUACUAGGAGCAUAGUUACUGUUUGUUGAAUAGUAGGAAAUGGUGACUUUUAGGAGCUGGU